ACUCAUACUAGUGGUCAAUGAUAUUUCUCCGCUAAAAAGGUAUUUAUCAGUUGAAAAGACAAUGAAAAUAUUGAUUCGAAUAUAUUUGUCUCCUGAGACAACGAAGCUGAAGCAAAAUAGAAAUAUUUUCUGCAUUUAUAAAUUUGAAAUAAUAACUGAACUCAACUGUUUUAAAUGGUGUUGACUGUCCAGGCCAUAUAGGUAUAUAGAAGUAAUAGAAUACAAUAUAUUGUAAAAGUAGGUUUAGAUUUCGUAAUACUGGUAAAGAUAUUGGGGCUUUUAUUUUGACAUUUGUAAGGCUGCAUGCCGGAAGUGCAUGUUGUUAGCGCAGUCGUUCCAUUCAGUGGCUUUAUGCGUGGAUUUGGAAAAAUGUGACUAUAAUUUACAUUUUUAUUAUUCGUGUGCGGACGCGGGUCUUUGCAGUUGUUACAAACCUCAAGAAAGCCUGUUGCCCUUUGGUUUCUUUUUGUUUUAAUGAUGCCUCACCUAUGGUAUCUGCUAAUUUGCUGGGUUUAAUACGAUUACUGUUUUCUUCAAGGGAAAUUUUAUACUUUUAUUUUCGUUCAGUUAGUUUCUGUUAAAUAUGUCGCCUUCAAACACUUCUAUAAAUGAAGACGUGUGGACAGUUGUACGGUUUGCAACGUUCACGCGACUGCUUUCCCUUGUUUUACAAGCUGUGUUGAAUGCAGUGAUUCCCGACCAUGUGGCAGAUGCCUUCAGCCCUCCACGAUCAGAGACCCCUCUCCUGCUGGACCCCGUCAUCGAAGCAUUAUUUGGUGGCCUUAGUUGCUGGGAUGCAGAGCAUUUCCUCUUCAUUGCAGAACGUGGCUACUUGUAUGAACACAAUUUUGCAUUCUUUCCAUUGUUUCCUCUCAUCCUGCGAUCCCUGGCAGACACUGUCCUGUGGCCCUUGUGUGGAUUUCUCACAUUGCAUGGCCGUUUACUUUUAGCUGUGGCUAUAGGGAAUAGCAUUCUCUUUGUCCUAAGUGCUGUGGCACUAUAUAGACUGAGUCAUUUGGUGCUGCAAGACAGAAAACUUGCCCUUGUUGCAGUCUUAAUGUACUGUCUGACACCAGCUAAUGUUUUUAUGAUUGCAGGCUAUUCAGAGACUCUCUUUGCAGCACUUACCUUUGCAGGUCUCUGGCUACUAGAGACAAGAUUCACAAUUGGAGCUUGUCUUCUGCUUGGGUUUGCUACUGGUGCUCGUGCCAAUGGACUUGUGAAUGCUGGAUUUUUGCUGUAUCUCAGUUUUCAAUUGGGUCUUGCCUGCGCACGGGCUCUUAGCAGAGGAGCAGGGGGCUUUCAGUAUCAUCACUAUGUCUGGGAACUUAUUCGUUUUGUUCUAACAGGAGCAUUUUAUGCAACUCUCGUGCUGCCUUUUUGUUUGUUUCAGUUUUAUGGCUACCAAACAUUUUGUCAUCCGACUGCUACUCAAGUUUCUCCUGUGCUGCUUAAUCUGGCCCGGGACAAAGGAUAUCGUGUGGCUGAUGCAGCAUCUCCAACACCAAAAUGGUGCCAAUGGCGAAUUCCAGUUUUGUACUCGUACGUACAGGAUGUUUAUUGGGAUGUGGGCUUUCUGCGAUACUUUCAGUGGAAGCAGAUACCCAACUUUAUCUUAGCACUGCCUGUUGCAACUCUGGGAUUCAUAGCCUCAUAUAUGUACGUAAAGGCCAACCCAGUGUUUUGUAUGUAUUUGGGGUUGGGAGACAGAGGAAAAGACAGAAAAAUGAAUGGUUUCUGUAACCCAAGAGUGUUUGUUUACAUCGUGCACAGUUCUGUCCUGCUUCUAUUUGGAAUAUUCUGCAUGCAUGUGCAGGUGUUGACACGCUUUCUUGCUUCCUCCUCGCCUGUUCUCUACUGGAUCAGUGCCCAUCUGCUUUUUCAGUAUGAACCUCUGCUGCAAGAUGAAAAGCUGUUCAGAUCAGACCAAAUACAACAGCAAAAGGAUCACAAACCUGGCUUUGGUUUUGUGAGCAUGUGGAGAAAUAAUGAAGUUGUUUACCUCUUGAUGCGCUGGCAGACGUGCUCCAUUUAUACACAAUGCAUACUGGGGUAUUUCAUAUCAUAUUGGUUUUUAGGUCUGGCUCUGCACUGUAAUUUCCUUCCCUGGACGUAAUAACUUUGUAGGUUUACUUAUUUCAGUCUUCAUAACAUUCCUGUUGCAUAAUAUUCUGUUUGACAAAUAUUGUUGUAAUAAAUGCAUUUUAUUAUUA